AUUGAUGGAGAAUUGAUUGUUUGUUCGAUAAUGGAGUUUGAGGAAGGUGAGGAAGACGAGAUCCGGUUGGGUCCGAGUUACGACGACUCACUGGGUCACAACUCGGACUCGACUCGGACGACGUCGUUUCGAGACAAAACGACGUCGUACAAGGAGUGUUUGAAGAAUCACGCCGUCGGGAUCGGCGGCCACGCCGUCGACGGCUGCGGCGAGUUUAUUCCGGCGGGGGAGGACGGAACACUCGAGUCGCUAAAAUGCGCCGCCUGCAACUGCCACCGGAACUUCCACCGGAAAGAGCCGGCGGCGGCCUCCGGUGGGUACCGGAGCUUCCACCACCACUACCACCACCACGCGGCGGUGGCGUACCGCCACGGCCUCCACGUGGCGCCGCUCCUGGCACUGCCGUCGGCGACUUCCGGCGGGGCGGUGUCGGAAUUGGAGGAUUGUUAUAACUACAACAAUAGCGGCGGCGGCGCCGCCGCCGGAAAGAAGCGAUUCCGGACGAAAUUCACGGCGGAGCAGCGGGAGAAGAUGCGGCGGCUGGCGGCGAGGUUGGGGUGGCGGAUUCAGAAGCAGGACGAGGAAAUGGUGCAGGAAUUCUGCAACGAGGUCGGAAUUACGAGGCACGUGCUCAAAGUGUGGAUGCAUAACAACAAGAACGGCGGCGGAGGCGGCGGCGCCGCCGCCGCUCCGCCGCACCAUCUUCGUCUUCCUGCGCCAGGUGAUGACGACAUUAUUAUCAAUAAUGAUAAUAAUAAUAAUAAUUAAGUUUAAUUAAACCCUAAUUUUAUUAAUCCUAUUAAUUAGGGUUUCUAUGGAUAAUAUUAUAUAUAUAUUUGUGUGGAAUUGUUAUCUAUGAAUUUUAAUUCUUAACUAUGUAUAUUAGGUGACCAAAAUUUUCAAUUUUAAUUUCCAUUUAGGUUUACUUUCACCUGCAAUCAAAAUUGGAAUUAA